UUUCUAAAAUGGCGUCCACCAGGUGGCGCACUGAGUCGUCAGGUCCAGGUAACUGUCAAAGUGCUUAUCUUUACUAUGAAUAGUGAACGAUUUUAGUGGUUUUUUUAUUUUAUAAUUAAAGCACUGCAUUAUUGUUUUACUAUUGAGGUUGAGUAAAUAAAAAAAACUAAAUCAUAUUGUGUUAACAAAUUUUUCAACAAGCUUUUCCUUAGUACCAGUGACUUUUGCACCCUCUCUCUUAGCUCAAUUUUUAGUUCGGAAACCUUAUUCUGACCGUAGUCCAUAAUAAAAUCAAUAACACUUCCAAUAUAACAGAAUUUCAAUAAACAAUAAGUUCGGCACCUACAAUUCCAUACUAUUUGACAGCUGUUUGGACCAGACGCAUACGUGGCGCCACCCGGUGGCAGAAAAAAUUUCAAAAACCCUCAUUGGUGAGAUUUGACGUGUUUCGUUCGUGUUUGAUGCGCGCAUUGUUUUUUAAAGUAAAAGGACAUUUAUUCCGUCUUUAACUUCGUUCAGUGGCUGUGUCUUUUGCAAAACCAAUAUACAUUGAAACUAAAACCAUUCUUUUUAAAUUUAUGAAUGUAUUGUUAAGUGCAUAAAAAGUAUCAUUAUAUUAUUUGUAUCGUGUUCUUUGUUUCUUUUACGAUUCAUCGACGUAAUAGUCCAAAAUGCCUAUAUUAUUCAGUGUUGUUGCCCGAGGCACAGUGGUUUUAGCGAAAUUUGCAACAUGUGCGGGAAAUUUUACGGAAGUUACGGAACAACUGCUUUCCAAGAUACCGCCCCAUGAUGAUAAGUUGACAUACUCUCAUGGAAAUUAUCUGUUCCACUACAUUGCGGAAAACAAAUUGGUUUAUUUCUGUAUCACCGAUGAUAAAUUCCAACGUUCGAGAGCAUUCUUAUUCCUCAAUGAGAUCAAAAGACGAUUUACGACGGCGUUCGGUGACACGGCUCAGACAGCUAUCCCUUACGCUAUGAAUGGAGAGUUUGCACGAGUUCUGGAAACAGAGAUGAAACAUUACAGUGACUCCAAAGAUCUUGACACCAUAUCAAGGGUUCACGGAGAGUUAGAUGAACUCAAGAAUAUCAUGGUCAAAAAUAUAGAUAACAUGGCAAUGCGCGGCGAGAAAUUAGAAUUACUAGUGAAUAAGGCUGACAAUUUAGCGACAGGCUCCGUCUCAUACCGAACAACAUCAAGAACCCUGCAGAGGUCGCUAUUUUGGAAAAACGUGAAGAUGUACGUGAUAAUGGCGGGAGUCGCGGCUGUCGCGGUGUAUCUCAUCGGCGCCAUGGCUUGCGGUGGCCUCAAGUGGAGCAACUGUGUCGCCUAAACAGGCAAUUAUUACUGCAGAUAUCAAAUAUCAUCACUGAUAAACUUAAUACCGUUUUAUGAGACAAUUUUGACGUAUGGAUUGUUCUACGCGUGACGGUUCAAGCAUCAAUGACCAUAAAUAAAUGACUAAACAUGGGCGAUAAUAAUACACUUUAGAAGUUUUGAUAGGUGAUUUAAAUUAUUUUUUAGUUCAUUGAUACUUUGGCUACAUUUAGUUGUAAAAAAAUGACUUGAAAACUUUUUUUAUUCAUCAUUAAUUAUUCCAUGCAAGGUUGCAUAUUGUUAAAUAAAAAUCAAGAAAUAUCACAGGAAAAAUGUUUGGAACAUGAUUUAUCAAACUAAAAAGAUUUAUAAUUUUAAUUCGAAAACUACAUGAUCGGUCUUCUAGUGAUUUAAUAAAAUAUAUUAUUUAAAAUAUUCAAGAAUGUCUAAAUAGCUGAAACCAGUAUACAAAACUGGUUGCUUUUUUAACAUUAUGUAAUAUGAACUUCAUAGUAUCCUUAAUAUUACAUUUUAUGUAAAACUGACAGAAAUUAAAAUAGCUUGUGGGAUAUGAAUUGGAUUUACAUGACAAUUAACAUAGUUUAAAAUAAAUCAAAUUGUAUCAGAUAUGAGAGAUCUAAAGAUAGAUUAAUACUUUAGUCCUCUUCUGAGCGUUGAAAACUACCUGAGCUGAUUAUUAGCUCCUUUUUCGCUUCGUAGUGUAAAUAUUUCGACCAAUUAAGGCGUGUUUAAAUAUUCAUUAUGUGACAUUUAAAACCAUACUAUCACAUAAAACAUCUGUUCCAAUAAUGUAUUAUUUAUUUAAAUAUAUUAAAAUAAAAGGUCCCAUUUAAUACCUGCUUAGCAAUUUUCGCGACCAAAAUAUGCUUUAUCAUGUCUGUUAUCUAGAUAAAAUUAUUUUAUUCUUCGCAAAAUCUACCUGGACGUCAUAUUAUUUGUCUCAUAAACCCUUAUUAAGUGACACGUUAAAAUAGAUUGAAGAAAGUGAUUCAAAUAUCGUUUGCCGUCAGUCGAUUCUGAGUUGACUAACUAGCUUUAAAAAAUACGUAAAGCAAAAACGAGCUGCAAGAUCCAAAGUUUGAAUUAGUUCCAAUCAUGUUGAACUAAUUUGAUUAUAAAAUAAACUUUUGGAUUGAAUUUUGUUGAAAGGGUCGAACUUUUUAUUCCGAAAUGAAAAAUUUCAUCGUCAUUUAAUAUCUUUGGCAGUCGUUACGGGUAGACAGAAGCCGGUAAGUCUGACAACCAGUAACUUGGCUGCGGAGAUGAGAUAUAGCAGUCGCUCCCUGUAAAACACUGGUACUCAGCUGCAUCUUGUUAGACUGGAAGCCGACCCCAACAUAGGCAACAUAGUCGGGGCUAGGCAGAUGAUGACAAUUUUAAUCGUAUUGGAAUAAAACUGUGCCAAUUGUUAAGAUAAUUAAUUUUCCUGUGCGUUACACUACGUUUCAAAUAAAAGGGGUCUUGCAAGUCACUGUUACUUGAAUGCACGCCAGUGUUAGAAGUUGAAGUAUUAAAAUUAUAUGUUUUUGGGAAUUCACGUGUUUCAGAAAUCGCUUAAGUAGUGAUAUUUCGAAAUUCACAGACUAGUUUCGGAUUCCGGAACUCAGAUAAUAUCGAAACAUUUUGUAGAUGAAACCUGUCCCUUUAGUAAUUUCGAGUUUCACAAUCGUUACUUAAUAAAUAAACAAAUAAAAAUAGUUUAAAUGUUUGAUUAAUUAGCUACGACAUGGGCUUAUUUUGUCUCAAUUUGUAUUUUAUUAUUUUUAUUAAUUUACACGUUUGUAGGAUAAGAUCAUACCAAAAUACAAUAAAUCCAGUAAUUCAGUUUUAAUACCAUAAUAAUAUUGGUCAAUUGUUUGUUGAAAUUUUUAAUAGGAUUGGAAUAUUGUGCUUAAUUAACUAGAUUGAGUAUUUGCCGCUUAAUUUAUCUUAAACAUAGGGUUGACAAAAUGUUCCAAAUUAUUUAAAGUAAGUUACACAUAUUUAUUACUUGUUUUAUUAAAAUGUAGUUAAAUAAUGAACUUAAUUAUUAUUCACGAGAAAAUUAUUUGGGACUUAAAACAACCCUAAAAGAUUUAGUUCCAACAGAACAAUAAUUAAAAUGACAAAAACGUUACUUGCAUCGCAUUCAGAACGAUGUAUCACAUGCGUUUAAUUAAAAUAAUAUGUAGAAGAUCUAAUUAUAAAGCAUGUACUUGUACCUAUAUAAUAGUUUGUAAACUUACCUACGUUCCAUAUACUUCACCAAACAUGUAAACAAUUAUUGUUUUAAUAAAGACUAAAAGUAUUGUGAUAUUGAGUGUAUAAUUGAAUUAUGUAAGUAUAAUCACUUGUUUCAUAUGUAUAGAAAGUAUGUUAUAAACUUGUAUAGGUUA